UACAAGACACGAUUCAUCAUACAUUCAAAUAAUUAUACCGGAUUGCAAGUAUCACGCAGUAUGACUGAGGCUUCGUCGAGUUCAUCAGACGAAAACGAAGGCUACGAAAGUGAGGAGUUUGCUGAGGUAGAGACCCAGUUUGAGCCCUACACGGAUGAACCUCUCGCACCUCCGGGCUACAGGGAAAAAGUUGAUGAGGAAUCGAACGACCCCGAUGGCCUGAGGCCCCAGAUCCUGGCCGACAGAGAGGAUGAGAUAAUACCUGUCCAGGAAUGGUGCCAGUGUCAACAUUGUGCAGAGAAUGAGCUAAGCGGCGCUCUUGAGCAUCGAUGCUGUAGAGAAAUUGAGAAUGUUCAAGGCAAACUAACAUUCGACGGUUCGAUUGAGAACUUAUCAUGCAUCACACUGCACGAGGACUACAGAGCAAUGACUAACAAGGCCGUCCUUCAAAACGUGGCGCCAUUGCUGAAGGCAAGGACAGGGCAAGCAUACAGGCGGCGUACAGGAGUAUCGGAGAACGAGUAAGGAACUUUUUGUUAUACGUAGUUGAGAAUCAUAUAAAUAUAAAAUGCCAUAUACGAAGUUCUAACCCAUGCGAUUACAGGUUUUGGUUCAGGGUCUUCGCUCUUUGAUAUCUGUUAUUUUCGCAUAGUCGGACCAUUUGAAAUUGAGGGAGUAGACGAGCUAUCUCCAUAUUUUUUUUAGCCCAAAAGCAUUGCAGUUUUUCACAAAUUUCCCCUUACCUCAUGGGCUAUUGAGGAUACAAGCACCAUUUAACUUAUUGCUGUUAUAAAUUGUUUUUCGAAGUUUUUUUAUUAAUAAAGACAUCGUUAACUGUGAUUUUUAUUAUGGGGUAUAAUUUAUAAAAAAAUCUACAUUGAUGUUGAAUAAAAAUAAUCAGCAAAACAAUAUCUGUGAAUUCCAUCUACAAAUGUAAAAUAGAGAGUGGUAUCAAUUAACACUAACUGUUUCACAAAUUGAAAUCACUCUAAUUUAAUCCAACUCCCACUAACUUAAUCUAACUGGUGGCUCUAUCAGGACAUGUUUUCUUACUGUGGCCUUUCAUUGGUGCAUUGCAUUUUUUACAACAAGGUUUUUUCUUUCUUGCUUUUGGGGCAGCUGUGGGUUGUUCCUGCGCAGCAGCUCUCAUGUCCUCUUGGACAUCAACUACAAAAUCAUGUUUAAAAAGAGAACUAUUAAGUCUAGUUCUGUGCUACAUAGAAAGGGUGGAUUAUUUUUUUUAUCUGGCUGGCUAUAAAACAAAAAGACAAUUAUCAACAAAAUCAACCUGUAAUAUUUAUUAAAAAAACAACAACAACAAUAGAAAUAGCUGCAAGAGCAAAAAAGGAUCUAAAUUGAACAGUCCAGACAAGUAUGUUGUACUAUAGGCAUCAAUCUGAGUAGUAAGUCUUCGCAAAUGCUUUCACGGUGCAUUUUGUUUGUGGUUCUUUUUUAGUUAUUUUUUCACUGCUGUUGAAGGUGUGGAUAUCCACCAAAUGCAAUGUUUGACAAACAUGUUUAAAUGUUUAGCCAGGCCUUAAGCCAUUGCCACACGUACCUGAUGGAUAAAGGGGGGUGGUGCUAUGCCUUUUCCUCUUCUCAUAAACCUGGAUGGCUUCACUUCUGGACACUCUAUUUGGAAAUUGUUGGCUAAGGGGCUCUGGCACCUUUUUUUGGUAUCUCUCACGAGAACUCCUCCAGUGGUACAGUGAAAAGUACCUUGCUGAUAUCAUCUACAUAGUCUGCAAACAAUAAGAUAAAUAAUUAUGACAGGCAUAGAUUGUACAAUAAAACCUUAGCUUUGUGAGCAAA